AUGGAAUAUACUUCGAGGCUCAGUCUAGAAAGGGAGCCCAGUGAAGGAAAAAGGAGAAAGAUAUCUCCAAGUCGUAGGAUGCUAACUACUAAUCCGUAGACAAUAUUAAAAAGCGAUACCAAAUGAUCUUUUUAUCACUUAUUUUUCACCUCCAGUGAAAGGGGAAAUUCAUUGAAGCAAAAAGAUUUGCCUGGCACUUUAUUCUCGUCUAUAAUUUUACACUGUUUGUUACUAAAGAUCGAACCUUAUAAUCUGUAAUUUUAGGCGCUGUGAAGUGUGGUGGAAAUAGCUCUGGCUUCUUUGGCGUUAUCAAGUCCCCAAACUUUCCUAACACCUACCCGAAUAAUGUACACUGUGUGUGGAACAUAACAGUCCCCAAAGGUCAUCGAAUAAGGAUACGCUUCACAGUAAUCGACAUCGAGUUCUUCUUCCAGUGUGAUUACGACUGGCUCUCUUUGCGCUCUGGUAAUAGCACGCUGGGACGAUUUUGCGGUUCCAAACACAAGACAAUAAACAAACAUCAUAGCAAACUCCCUAAGGAGUAUGUUAUCUCGCCAACCAACGAAUGUACCAUUACAUUUCACUCGGACUACUCUAACGAGGAAUCAUAUGCUGGCUUUAGAGCGCAUUAUAUCGCUGUUGGUAAGAUUCUGUGACUCUAGUUAUUACAGUAAUUAAGCCCCUUCCCUCAAAGAAGACCCCUUUCCACUAAAAAGUCGCCCCCUCCCGUUUUUAGGGGAAGAGAGUUAUUAAGUCCCCUCCACCCCGUUUAUCUUGAAUGAUAGACUGUAACGCUCCACGCAGAUUGAUCCGAUUUGAUUUAUUCACUUGUUGAAAGUUCAGAUUUGUUUUUCCUCUCUUCUUAGUUAACCAGUUAAUAGACAUCAAUGGCAUUUAUACAACCCCAGUAGGAUCCUUCGCCGUUACCUUACUUCUUGAACGCAUACUGUAAAUCGUCUUUCUCAAACUCAUUAAUAAUUCAUUAAGAAAAUACAAAGGAAAUUAAUGUUUAAUGAGUGUUUGGAAAUCGGAUGAAACACUGCUUAGUAUUUGCAUCCUUAAUUUCUCCUUCAAAAAUGAUUUUGUUUGAGAAGAAAUAUCAAAAGAAAGUUUUCACCAGAUGAAAACCUCGAAGUUCGUCAAAAAUACUCCGCUGCGCGUCGUAUUUAACUCUCUUCUCGGUGUUUCAUCUGGUGAUGAAACACCCUCAUGUUUUAUAUUACAUUCGCAAAUUCACUAAUAAAUUAUCCCAAAUAAAGACUUUUGGAUUAAUCAAUCAAAUAAAGCCCCCUCCCUUGCCCGACUAUUCAAAUAAAUUUCGUUUGACUGUAAAUCUUCGUUUGACUGAUUUGGGAUGGUUUAUUCACCAGCUGGAAGUUCGGAUUUGAUUUUGGUCCCCGGAUGCAUGACCUCCAUCCAACUUCUUGUACUUUAGCUUUUCCACUUUGAAUUCCUGUCCUUUAUGGAGUACUGAUACCAUCGUCUUUGCUAAAUUGAAUAAUCUCCCCCUUCUCAACUAAGCCCCCCGUCUCUAUUAAACCGCCCCCCUCAAAUGUUCUUGAAAUGAAUAAGCCCCCCGGGGGGGGGGGGGUCUCAAUAGAGGAUUUACUGUAGUCCAUUCACUUAGAAACACAAAUCUCUUCAACUGAUCCGGCACUUGCAUGUGCCAGCUGUUCAGUGCGGCGUUGAUCACGUGUUGUUUGUUUUUAUUGAUGUCAAAAUAACAACAUUAAUAUACAACAUACAAAAUAAAUAAAUGAAUAAAUAACAAAAAAUCAUUUGUUGUUAUUGCAGAUGAAGAUGAAUGUAAAAGCGAGAAUGGCGGCUGUGAUCACCACUGUCACAAUUACAUCGGCGGCCAUUACUGCUCUUGUCGUCUCGGAUACAAACUUCAGCCUGAUGGCAAGUCAUGCCAUUGUAAGCAGAUAUAUUUCAUCGCGUUUUACUUUUAAAAUAACUCUUGGCUUUCUCUUUUUUGCCGAGGUUUUGUUUUGUUUUGUUUGUUUGCUUCGAUAUUACCUGUAAUAACGUAUCAAAUGACCUUGAAUUUCUAGGGAGGACUGAUUGGACAGCAUUCUAACUAUAAGAGUUAAUUUUCCAGUGUAAAACCUUACUUUCGAAAUGUAAUGAAACUUUCUCUUGAAGUAACUUGAAAAGUUUGAAAAUUUCGUUUUUUAUCAUAAUAAACUGACCUUUGAAAGAGCCAGAGUAGCAGAAAACAGCUUGCAUUCCUGCCAGGCAUUUUGUUUUCGUUGUUGCUGUUUGUUUUCAGUACGUUACCUUGUCCUCUUUUCAUAUUUCAGUCAUCUGCGACAACCAGAUCAUUCAGUCUAGAAGAGGAGAAAUAACAUCUCCAGAAUAUCCGCAGAAAUACCCCCAAAACUCCGAUUGUGAUUGGACAAUAACCGUGGAGAAAGGAUAUCAGAUAACGCUAACUUUCCUCGAGGUAUGAAAAUAAAACUGCAACAAUAGCUUUUCCAUUUGGCAAGUAAAUUCGUCGUCAGAUUUCAUCACUCAAUUCUACUGUUCACGUACAUGAGCAAAAGUGACUAUCUCAGGAAUAAAAAAUCGUAAAAUUUGCUCUUAAGGACGGUGCUUUACAUUCGGGAAUCCCCAAAUUUUACCUCUUGAUUUUUAUUUAGAGGAAUCAUCAGCCUCUUAAACAUUCCUUACUCCCCUGGCAUAGUCAUUAAAGCGGGAGCAAAAAGAAGUGUGGAGAACCGGGCGGCACCCCCCCAGCAGGAAUUUCCAGGAGUACUCCCUCCCCCCCCCGGUCCCUGAACUUUCGUCAUUUAGUAAGUUACCGUGGUUGAUCUACUCCUGUCCUAAGCGGAUUUUUCCUGAUGCUUGAGGUUAGACUGUUCAUGCGCUUUAUCUUACAUCGAUUCACCUCUUUAUUUAGUUUGACAUAGAGGAACAUCCCGAUGUCGUUUGCCCUUACGAUUACCUAAAAAUAAACGCUGGUCAGAAGAGAAAGUACGGUCCUUACUGCGGCAAAAAGCUUCCACGGAACAUCACCUCAUCCGGGAACUACAUUCACAUGGAAUUUGUAUCUGAUGAUUCUGGAAAUUACAGAGGAUUUAAAGCCUUCUAUGACACACACGGUACGUAAGGCGAUGUUUUUAGUAAUUAAAGGUCCUCUCGUUUUCUAGACUUCGGUGCAAACUUUGUUCUGUUAUUAUUAGUAGAGAGCUUUAGAUUCUAAGACGAGGACGACUACGAGAACCAUCGAGAUUUUUUCAAUACUAAGUAGUGCGCCCGCCUGAGCCAACAUCAUUUUGGCGGGAAAACGUGAUAGCCGUCCUCAUUUUAGUACGAGUUUUAGUGAGAAUGUGGUAAUGGCGGGAACAAGUUGUCAAAAGUUAUUAAAUUUUAGAAGUUUAAUCAUUUUGUGACCGGGAAAGGGCUAACCCUUCGCCAAUAAAAAUAACCGCACUAAUUUUUGAGGUGACAAAAAGUACAGUGAAGCUUCCUGGGUUGAAUAUUUUUCGACAAUACGCGAAAAUUGGAGUUGGUUGCAGAGUUGGUUGCCUGCAAAGAUUUCGUCCAUAAUUACUUACUAGUCUCAAGUUUUAGCAACACUACUAUCUUUCUCCUUUUGAACUAAAUUCAAAAAGAGAAAAACGUUGAUUUCGGUCAAACUGCUUACAAAAUAGAUUCUAAUAAUUUAUGCAUUAGGUUCGGUACAGGAAAAGUUCGGCGUCUGAAUCAAAGCCAUUCCAAAGUCGCUCCAAAGACGAAAUUCCCGGCCGGGUUAGGCGAAAAGAACGGCUGAGUCGUUCCAAAUUGAAACAGGCGUUCCCAAUUGAUUCAGACGCCAAAAUUUUCAUGUAGUUAAUUCAAUGUAUUAGGUUCGGCUCAUGAAAAGUUUGGCGUCUGAACUGUGCCUUAAGUGCUUUUUUAAUCGAAAGGAAUUGUAAAUAGUGCUGUGCUAUUAUGUUCAAAAACGUUUUUUGCGAGUGAUUGUUCAGUAUUUCUGCGUGUAUUAGCAUCUUUGAUUUUAUAGCCAAAGGGUAUCAUUGUCUUUUUAUCAACAGGAAUUCGGUGUCCUCCUUUAACCGCACCGGAUCACGGGAAUAUGACAGGAGACGAUUUUACGUUCAAACAAACUGUGGCAUUUGCGUGCGAUGAAGGCUAUCUUCUGACAGGCUCGGCCGUGAGAGAAUGUAAAAACACCGGAGACUGGGACGGCACUCCUCCCGUCUGCAAACGUAUGUUAAAUUGAGAGCUUGUUUUAAAAGUUCUAACCUUUAUCUAGCAAGUUUGAGUUAUUUAUGUGUUUGUUUACGUCGCGUUGGAACAAUGACUACAACCAGCUAUUAGGAGCCGCCCCUAAGUUAAAAAAAAAAAAAAAAAAAAACAAAACAAACAAACAAACAAACAAAGAACAGAAAAAAAACAGGGAGGAAAGCAGGUAAGAGCAAUUUCAAUUUUUUUGGCCUUGAAAAUUAAAAGGCUACGAUAAGAUUGUCCAUUUUAAGCACCUAUCUUUCAAUACGAAAUGUCAGACAUGAGGAAUGAUAUCAGGGACGCUUUAAAGAAUUCAGGAAUACCGGUUUUUAAUUUGUGGCCAUAUAUAACAGACUCGAUUUGAGUGCUUUUGUUUCUUCCCUUCAAAUAGCGGUGAACUGUGGACACCCGGGAAAACCACGUCAUGGGAAUAUAACUGAGAGUGGAUUUACCUACCAAAAGGUUGUAAGUUUCUCCUGCAAUAAGUAUUUUGAGCUUCAAGGAGACAGAACACGGCAGUGUCAAGCAGAUGGGAUAUGGUCUGGAGAGCAACCGAAAUGUAUUGCAAGUAAGUUGCUGGAAUGGGUCUGGAAUCUUGAUCUAAAAAAAUUUACGUUCUCUGUUUUAAAAAGUAGAGUUGUCAGGAGAUAUUGAUAAGCCCAACUGCGUAUUGCUUGUACGCCUGGGGCAGAGAAGUCCCGUAUGGUUUGAAUCUCAUCGGGAGAUUUGAGAAAAAGGGAUCGGGAAAAAUCGGAAAUAUUUUGCGAUGUGUAUUUAUUUUAUCUUUAUUCUUGGUUUGCAACCACGAUACAAGGCGGCCAUGUUGGGGGUCAUUACAAUAUAAUUUUUUCACGAAGAAUUUACAUUAAAAUAGAGUUUUGUUCCCAGAGGAGAAAAAUGCUUUUGUUCUUGACCGCCAACAUGGUCGCCUUGACGUCACGUGCAAACCAGCAAUACCAGGCCGCUUCUGUUGCCAUCUUUUCUGUUGCAGAUUUUAAAUUAAGUCUUUGAAGGACAGCUUUGUUCCGUUCAGUGGCGAAUCUAUCUCUUGGCACCUCAUCAAACAUUCUGGCUUUAACCCAGACUAGUCUCUCUUUUUCUUCAGAAUUAGUGCGGGGAGUACACACGCGCGCCAUCCAUCACACCCGUGGUCAUUUUUGUGUCUCACGCGUUUUGCUCAACGGACCAAAAAACGUGAGACUGCUUGUAGUCUAGCUGUAACCUGACGAAUAAAUUUUUCUCCAUUUAAUUCCAGCGUGUGGAGAAGUGAAUCACUUCAAUCUUACAAGUGAUGUUUGUCGAAAGAGGAUUGUUGGUGGACAGGAUGCGCGUAAGGGCUCCUAUCCCUGGCAUGUUCUUGUAAUGAAGAAUAAUCUGAUUGCUUGUGGUGGAAGCCUGCUGAAUGAACGAUGGGUCUUGACAGGUUUGUAAUUAAAAUAAUAAUAAUAAUAAUAAUUAUCAUCAUCAUCAUCAUCAUUAUUAUCAUUAUUUUGAUAACAACAACAACCAUGAUAACAAUAAUAUUAUUAUCAUUAAUGAUAAUGAUUAUGUUGUUGAUGAUGAUGAUGAUGAUGAUGAUGAUGACGAUGAUAGGGACUUUCUGAAAGUCUUUUCUCACGUUAGGGACCAAUUGUGGCGUCACUCAUCGACAACCUCCCAUAAUUGGCCUUCAAAUUUUGUCAAUUCAAUAUUUCUCUUACAAACGGUGAGACAAGACUCUAUUGUGUUUUGCCAGCUUUUACCGUCUAACUCCGAAAACUGUGACCGCCUGAAACAUUUUAACAAAGAUCCAGGACACGCAAACAAGCCACAAAGGCACAAAAUAACAACCGUUCUCUCGUCUGACUUGCUUUCUCCUUGCAACGCAAUAAUAUUUCAGAAAUGUUUCUGGUUUUCACGGUUUUACGAGUUUCACAGUGAGCGAAACCCAUCCACAGUCCUUUGACAGCUAAUUCUUAACUUAUGCUUUAUUUUUCCUAGCUGCCCACUGCGUGAAUGACAGAUCGAGUGGUAUUGUAAGUCUUUCCGUUUUGAAGAUAUUUGCUGGCCUUCACCAGAUCCGCAAACUAAACGACAGUCACGUGCAGAGAAGAAAAGUAGUUCAAAUUAUAAGUCACAAGAAUUUUGAUUUCCGUCUGUUUGCUUCUGACCUGGCACUUUUGAAGCUGGAUCGUGAAGUCAGAAUAUCUCACUAUGUUAAGCCUGUUUGUCUGCCAGAAGGACAGUAAGUUAUUUUACCUGCCUUAUAAAGAUUGGAAACUGGUAGCUAUCAUAGUUGCAGAAUUUACAAGGGGCCACAAAGCAAGUAAACGCAUGCGCAAUAGAGCUUUUUUGCAACGGCGACGAAGACGGCGACAAAAACGCCAAAAAAGCUAUACGUUUUAUCACAAAACAACAACUUUGCUUCCCUUGCACGACUACGACGUGCAAUUUCCCGAUGUGACGUUUUAUGGGGACUUGAACACACCACGACAAAUUUUUCUUUGUCUCUCUAAACUUGGAUGCGGGCCACUAGGGAUAUAAUUCACCUCCAGUCACCUUCAUUUGACAGUUCUGUCGAGUUGAAAUGAUCUUGAAAAAGUUUGAAAAAUCGCAAAUGUAUGUUAUCAGUGAUAUUUUUGCUACCGUGGCUGUAGUCGUUGAUUAAGCUCCCGAGUGACUUACCCAGGUAAAAAGCAUGAAAUUUUGGCGAUGCAACCUAAGUAUCCUUUUAUUUGUUAACCUACUUGAGCGCUCUGAAGAACUCGCUUGAAAGGGUUCGUGUGUUAACGUUCCUGGACGAAUUGAAUUUUGACUCAGAGUUGGUCAUUGAGAAGAGAGAAAAAUUGCACUUACUGGAGAAAAACAUCUCGGAUGGUCAAGGGUAUUGGAACCCGGCAACAUUAAUAGGUAGUGAGUGUUUUUACCACGGCGCAAACCUUGCUCCCCAGUUACUUAAGUUACGAUUUGUUAUGCGAGAUUAACUGAAGUAUCUUUGUUGCUUGGAAAGAAAUUCUUUGAUGGGAGGGAUUUUGGUUUUCCCAACAGUAGCAUGUUUGCAUUAUUAUAAUUAGUAGAUUUAACUUUCUCCACAUUUUACUCAGGGGCGGAUCCAGGAAUUUUUUAUUGGGGGGGGGGGGGGUGGGUCCAAACUUUGGUUCAGAAAGGAUUGUUGAACUUUUUUGUGGCAAAUGACUUCUCCCUCACUCCCCACACACCCCCUCCCACCAAACGUGGUUGCACGUUAUAAUUCCUUGGCCCUUACCUUGUACUUCAAUUCUACUCGUAAAGGAUGCAUCCUUGGAAUUUAGUUUAGUGACAAAAUGCAACUUGCGUUUCAUUAAAAAAAUCAGCCAGUUAAAAAAUGAUAUACGAUCCUGUCGAUGCAUGAAUUUCAGUCUCAAACAAGCGUGAGGUCUGAUAGGGGGUGGGAGGGGGGGGGGAUUCCGUGCCCCCCAGACCCUCCCCCUGGAUCCGCCACUGUUACUAAAUAAAUUUCACAGUACAUUGUCUUAUUUGUAACCACCAUAGGCAGAAGAGUCUCUUUGACCCUGGAAAAUUUGGACGAGUGGUAGGAUGGGGCUACAAAGUAAGCAAGAGCUCAUUUGGGCAGUUUGCCAACACCUUGAAAGAGAUCUGCAUCCCCACCAUCAGCAAUAACGUAUGCAAGGCGGCGUUUAAAGACGAAGGUUACACAGUGACACCACAAAUGCUCUGUGCAGGGGAAGCCUCAGGUGGCAAGGACUCCUGUCAAGGGGACUCUGGGGGUGGAUUUGUCUUCCAAGAUCCUGUCGUCAAGAAGUGGGUUCUGGGUGGGGUCGUCAGCUGGGGCAGUAACUUUGGAUGCGGCUUACGAAACAAGUAUGGAGUGUAUGUCCGCAUUACUGAGUUCCUCCCUUGGAUUAAGAAGCAAAUGUUCUAGUGCCUCUCUUGUGCCCGAACGUUAUGUUAAAAUUAAUAGUAACUAAGUUUAAGUUUCAUUUUAUGACGUUAUGUAACAUGCGCGGUCAACUUCGUAAUACGCAGGCGCCAGGAUUAUCCGUGGGCGUAAAAACAAGAAGUAGUCUAAGAAGGUUGUGAAUCAGUGUUUCAUUUUUUCUUACCUUAAACCUCACACUUAUAUCAUAGCUUGGCAGUCUAGAAAUAUGUGGGUUUUAUUGUUUUAAUUAAGUUUAAACGUCCCUGUUAGGGCGUUGUAUUUGAGGCUAAGAGCCUCUGUAUGUCGCAAUUGCUUUGCAUUCAAUCUCUACUACGCGAACGGGUGUUUAUAUAGUUGUAAAAUUUAACGAAUCAUUAUAUAGGAGAAAUGUUAACCAUUGCCUGAUCAAUUUUUUUUAAAACAAUGGGAAAUGUUACCAAGGCUAUUACGGAAAGAAGCGUAUAUUCAGGUGUAGAAUACUUUUGCCUCUUUAGCUUAUGCUUGUAAAUACAACUGAUUUUUAAAUCUCUGUCACGGAUAUUGUUUACUUAGGAGAUAGGCAUCCCCUCUGUCUUUUACUUUAUUUAGUGCGGGUGGUUGGUUUUCACAGGAACACUUCUGUACAAUAGAUAGGUGCGAACUCCUAGAAACCUCUACUUCUUUUUCAGAUUUGAACGCCCCUGAAACUUUGCGACGUCGAGCAGAAAGGUUUUGUGAAAAGCAUUUUUUGACAAAAUUUCACUCGUCAGUUGCGAGUUAAGGCGCUCAACAGGGUUGAUCUUCUUGGAAACUUUCCAUAAGUUACACCUGCUUAUGCUGCGUACACACAAACUACUCAGUUAAUUUACAGUGUUCAGUGCCAGUGCGCUGCAUUCACACACAUAACUUCGUAAAUUUACAGUGUACAGUGCCAGUGCGUCUAUUUCUCGUGGGAAGGUAACUGUAGCCUUUUGUGUCGCCUUUUAAUUCAUUAAAUUCCUCACUUUACCUUUUUAAACUGAUGAUUUGCAGUGUUUU